CUCCCUCCCUCUCUCCCUCCCUAUCCGCCUCCGCCGCCUCCUUGCAACGACGCGGCGACGACCCGACUCGCCGCCGUCUCCGGGGGUGCGGCCGCGUCCUCCCCUCGCUCCCCGCCGGCCGCGGGGUGGGCGGCUGCUGCGCGCGCGCGGGCUUCCGUCUCGCCGGGCGCCGGGUCCGCAGGCAUUCGCCGCCGCAGUGUGGCCUCCUCUCCGUGUGUGAGGGGCCUGCGAAUUCUAGGGUUUUUUCUUUGGGCUUGAUCGGAGGUGGGGGAGGGGGUGGAGACGCGCGGGGUGGGCGUGCAUUGGAUGGUCUCGAUCCGUGCGGCACCCCGCUGACCCGCUGCUUCAAUGGAGGAGCCUGACGGGGAGGCGCGUGGGCGGGAGGAUCAUGUUGCGGUUGGGCGGUUGGGAGGACAGGAGGGUGCUGUUGGCGGCGGUGGCGGCGGCCUGGCUUUGGCCGCUGCUCCUGGAAUGGGCGAUGGGCUGGCUGACGAGGAGAAGGUCUGUGGUGGCCAGGAGAGACGCCUGCUCACAGAGGAAGAUGAAGUCCAAAAUAAUGGAGGCGACUCCACUGCAGGAUUGGCUGAAUCUGCUGAGAAGGUUUCUAAUCCCUUUGAAGGGAGGGUUCAGAUAGGCGAGGAGUCUAGUUUGCAGGAGGGGUCUACGGACAUGGCGGGAGAGAAGCAUGGUGGUUUUCCUGUGGAAUCUGCUGAACAUAGCAAUUUACAGACGUGUCAUUCGCCUAAUGGCGGGAUGUGGAAUAAGACAUUAUCUGCUCCCUUCUGUGAAGAUAUUUUCUCUAGUGAUAACGGACGUGUGGGUUACUUGCCAGAAAAGGCGACAGAUGGAAGCAUUCGUGCACAUGAUUGUUUGGUGGGCAAUGAAGAUGAUUUGGAUGGCGUGGCAGAGGUAAAGACAAACACAAAAGAAUUACAUAUGGUUUGCUUGAAACCACACAGUGAGGGUUUGUCGGAUUCACAUCAUGACAGUGAGAGAUGGCCACAAGUGGUUGAUGGCGUCGAAUUUAUGAUAAAUGCUAAUAAUGAGCUGAAACAAGAUGAUUCGAUACAAAAGAAUAAAGCUGAAGUCUCUAGGUCAGUGGACGAUGAUUCAAUUCCUUCUUUCUCUGGUAGUAUCGAUGAUUCUUUAGAUGGCAAGGCAGGUUGUGCUGGUGAAACUCUCCGUGAUUUGGGGGCAUGUCAUGUGGCCAAUGGUGACCCAUGGAGCAGUGCUUUAUAUGUCCCUUUUAGCGAAGGAUGUCAAUCCAAGGAUGCUGGACACAUAGCAGUCAUGGUACAGGGUAGACAAUGUGGGCAGGGUGAUUUGGCAUUUGACGGAGCUGUUUUGCAUGGUGGGGUGGAAAUAAAGAAAAGCCUAGAUAAUUUACGGACCUGUUCCAAGGAACCACGCUGUGAUACCAAGGGCUUGCCACAUUUGGCAGGAGUUGGUAUCCAGCAGCCACCGUAUGGCAUGAAUGCCAUGUGUUUGAACACAGCUGCUAAUCAUGAGCUGGAAAAGGAUGGACUGUUGAUAAGUACUAGAGUAGAGGUCUCUAGUCCUAUCCAUGAAGAUUCAGUUCCUUCAAUUUCUGGGAGUUCUAUUGAUGUUCCUUUUGAUGGCAAGGUGGCUCAGGUUGGCGAAAUAUCUGAGCAUAGAACUACCAUGGAGAAAGGGUCCUGUGGUUUAUAUGGAGAUGUGCUUUCCUGUGAGGAGUCUCGUGCAGAUGAGAAUCAGUGUUUCUCAAUGGAGGUUAAGACAUGUGAAGAGGGCUUACAGGCAGGUCGGAUGGAACCAUGCCAUGAAAACGUGACUUUACUGGAUUCACGGAAGCAUGGCACUGACAAAUUACCACGUGGUGGUAAUGACUUGAGAUCGAUGACUGAUGCUAAUCAUGUAAAGGAUGGUUUUCUUCCAAAAGUUGAUGCAGUAGUUUCCUGUCCAGUGGAUGAAGCUUCGUUUCCCUCUAUCUAUAAUAGCCCCAUGGGUGUUCUUUUAGAUAAAGAGGCUGGUUGGGUUGCUGGGAUGUCGGAAAAUAAAACUUGUGUGGAUAAAUUGGCUCAUGAUUUGCUGGGAGAGGCUAUGCUUUCAUGUGACAGCACGUCUCAAGCUGAGGCUUCUGGAGAUGAGAAUCAACACUUCUGGAUGGAUGUUCCAAAGGGUUCAACUGCUUCUGUCGUUAAAGUAGAAAGCACAGAUGAUACAAGAUCUUGUGAUCCCUGUGCUGAAAUAGAGCUUCAACUCCAACAGAGUCAUGGAAAGUAUGUGACCUCUGAAUUCCCCCCAGAGAGAGAUCUGCCUAGUUCCUCCCAUAACCAACCUUGUGAAAAUGAACCUUGUUAUAGUGGCAGGGAAACACCUGCCUUCUGCCUGGGUCAUCAAGAUUCUGCUGGGGUUGAAUUGGAAUCUUUUGAUCGUAUGGUACAAGAACUUGAUACGUGUACUUCCACUGAUGGUAAAGCUUGCUCUGUUAAUUUUGUUGAGAAUGGUAAUGAUUCUCAUAGCCAGAAGGAAGCACCAAUGAUUUUCUUCAGACGGAGGAAUCCGGUAAGAGCUGCCUCAUCUAGAAAUUCUAAUUCUGAGAAGUCUGAUCAGAUAAGCAAAGCAAGUAAUAAUUCACGCAAAUCUAAGAAGGUUGACAGUGUUAGUUCAUUACUUAAGAGCACCACAAUUAAGUUCCCAAACAAAAUCACAAGGGGAAGAAGUGGCAUCAACAGGCCACUGAACUCUUGUGCCUGGGGCAGUAUACAGAAGCUAAUGAGUGGUUUCAAUCAGAACUGUGGUCCUUCGACUUCUCAGUAUCAUCAAAAUUGCCUGGGAAAAGAAGGAUCAAAUAGAGGAUCUAGCGAGAGAAAGCAGCGAAUUAUUCGGAAAACUCGAAGUUCAAGAUGUUCAAAAAAUAAGAACACAUCAUUUUCUGAUAUUGGAUAUGCAGCAAGUGAGUUCAAUAGGCCACCCACCUUCUCAGUGAUGGCUGAUACCAAUGUUUCCUCCAAUGACAUAGGAAAUGAUGCUUCAGAUGGUGCUCACAGAACUGCACAGUGUAUUGAAGGUAAUCAUACUCUAAAAUUAACAUCUACCCUGACUGGCACGCAGUACUUAGAAGGGGGCUUGGAGAAUGGUACUCAAAAGCCAUGCCCUGUGUAUAUCCAUGGAGAGAGUGGUACUUCAACUUCUGAACGCUCUCAAAAUAACACUAAUGUUGGAUUUUCGCCAGACUCUGUUUUGGACAUAGCUUCUGUUACAUGUGAAAGCAACACUUCUGCAAGCCUUGAUGUAGCACAUGAAAACCCAUCUGGUCUUGGUGGAUUGCCUGGAGGUGGUCUUCGUGCACCUGCUUUAUCAAUUUCUGACUGUGUAAAAGAUCAUGCUUCAUCCUUGAUGGACUUUGAGCAGCAGGCCAGAGCUGUAAAGGAGAAUGACAUGAGAAAUGAAGAUGCCACUCCAUCUCAUGCCAUGAUGGACAGUGAUGCUUGUGAAGGAAAACAAACCCUACAAAAGUCCAAUACAACGAGGAAAAGUAGAAAUGCCAGAAAGCAGAAAUGCCAAAAGAAAGAUGGCAAGAAGGGAAGGAGCAUGAACACAAAUAGAAGUUCCACCAAAAUUCCAUCUAGUGAAGAUUCAAAACACGUGGCCUUUUCUAAUGAUUUAUCUUCAGUUGAUCCAUCUGAGUUGCUGCUUCCUGCAAAACCUCCAAAGUUUGGUUCUUGUUCUGAGGUCUUAACCUCUGCCAUGCAUGACGUUGGUAUGCAUGGAAAUGACAGUAUGCAGGGUCCUUUCGUAACUGACAGUAAUGGCGAAGGGAAUGCAUUUGACGAUGUGAAACCACUAAGGCGCAAGAAAAAGGAUGGUCAUGGGGGAAAGAAGGGUAAGGUGCGGGAUCCACAUGGGAAGGGCAGAAGCAAGAAGAAAAAUAUAGCAGGUGAUCUUUGCCCUGCUGCUGAACUUGCAUUCAAGAACUCUUCUGCCAUAGCUACUGAAUUACCUACAAAUGUUGCUUGCAAAACGGACGGUGCAUCUGUACCACCUGCAUGGGUUUGUUGUGAUGAUUGCCAAAAAUGGCGCUGCAUACCAGCUGAACUGGCGGAGAGAAUUGGAAAAGAAAAUCUUAGAUGGACUUGUAAGGAAAACAAAGACAAGACUUUUGCUGAUUGCUCCAUACCACAAGAAAAGACAAAUGCUGAGAUUAAUGCUGAGCUUGAACUUUCAGAUGCUUCUGCUGAUGAAGCUAAUGAUGAUAAAUCUAACUCAAAAGCUUCUGGAGAACCAAACUAUGCAUCUCUCAGGUCAAACUUGUUUCUACAUCGUAACCGCAGGACACAAUCCAUUGAUGAGAGCAUGGUAUGCAAUUGUAAGCCACCUCAAGAUGGCCGGAUGGGUUGUAGAGAUGGUUGCUUGAACAGGAUACUCAACAUUGAAUGCACCAAACGUACAUGUCCAUGUGGGGAGCACUGUUCCAAUCAGCAGUUUCAAAGGCGCAACUAUGCAAAACUUGCACGGUUCCAUACUGGUCAAAAGGGCUAUGGGUUGCAAUUGAACGAAGAUGUAUUUGAAGGACGAUUCCUCAUUGAAUAUGUUGGAGAGGUCCUUGAUAUAACAGCUUAUGAAUCCCGCCAAAGGUAUUAUGCUUCUAAAGGCCAGAAGCAUUUCUAUUUCAUGGCACUUAAUGGUGGUGAGGUGAUAGAUGCUUGUACUAAAGGAAACUUGGGCCGGUUCAUCAAUCAUAGCUGCAGUCCUAACUGUCGUACAGAGAAGUGGAUGGUCAAUGGUGAAGUCUGCAUUGGGAUAUUUGCUAUGAGGAACAUCAAGAAGGGUGAAGAACUGACGUUUGAUUAUAACUAUGUUCGUGUAUCUGGUGCUGCUCCUCAAAAAUGCUUCUGUGGUACUAACAAAUGCCGAGGUUACAUCGGUGGAGACAUAUCAGGUGCUGAUAUGAUGGCUCAAGACGAUGCUGAAGCAGGGAGUUUUGAAUCUAUGGCUGUUGAGGAGGAUGCUGAGGAAGUACUUGGUGCAAAUGGAUUGUCUUCUCAUGACACAAAUCUAGAUAUUAUCGAUCAUGAAGCUUCCACUAAAACAGAAGAUUCAAAUGAUUUCCCAUCUGCAAACCUAGAGUUGGAACCUGAGCAACAAACUUCAGGAACCUUAUUUGAGAUAAGUGAGCUAGAAAAUUCCUUAGUAGCAUUGAGCCCACAGGAUGAUGAAGAUGUUGUCCGCACACCUGUCCACGUGUCCCGGACAUUUGAGAAUAUGUCACAGCAACUUCCAGAAUAUGGCAGUCGGUCAUCAGAAAAUUUGCAAAGGAAUCCAUGCACACAAGAUGUACCAAAAGCUCCCAGCAUACUUAAUGGAAUUCUAACUAGUUCUGAUUUGGGGAGCCACCUGGUACCUGGUUUCCAUUCUAAUAAGAAAAACAGUAUAAAACAUCAUUGUAAUGUGAAACCAUCAUCAGCUCUUGUUGACAGUGAGCACAUUUUGGGCGUCGAAGGGAGGCUGAACAUCUUGCUUGAUGGAAAUGGAGGUAUCAGCAAACGAAAAGAUGCAACAAAUGGAUACCUGAAGCUUCUAGUUGUAACUGCUGCGGAAGGUGACAGCACUGGGGGCACAUCUAAAAGUGUAAGGGAUCUUUCGUUAAUUCUUGAUGCACUUUUAAAAACAACAUCCAGUGCUGUCCUGUUGGAUAUCAUCAACAAGAACGGACUGCAAAUGCUUCAUAAUAUAUUAAAGCAGAAUAGAAGCGGCUUCCAUAGGAUACCUAUAAUAAGAAAGCUUCUGAAGGUUCUGGAUUUUCUAGCUUCGAAGAAAAUUCUGACAUCUGAACAUAUAAAUGGUGGUCCUCGAUGUGCUGGGAUGGAGAGCUUCAGGGAGUCGAUGUUGAGCUUGAUAAGGCAUAAUGAUGCACAGGUUCAUCAGAUUGCUCGGAGCUUUCGUGAUAAAUGGAUCCCUCGAAAUGUUUCAAGAAAUGAACCGACAGAGUAUUCGCGUGCAUCCACGUCUGCAUAUGAUGUCCAUGGCAUUUCUGCAGGUGGAUCUGUUCCAACUUCAACCUGUUCUAUGGAUUGGAAGUCCAUUAGAAGAAAACGCAAGAGCCGCUGGGAUUACCAACCAGAUGACCACUACAAAAUGGUUGGCCAGAAAAUUCAGAAAGUUUAUCAUGUACAAAGUGAGUCUCAGACUGGCUUCAUGGGAAAUAAGUUGCAUGCUAAUUGGGGAACUCACAGCUCCCAUAGUGACGUUCCUGUCGUGGGAAUUUCAGCAAAAGGUGCAGAUGACGAAGCACCUCCUGGGUUUGAGUCUCAACAGGAAUGCCAUUCUGGACAAGCCUGUUUAGAUUUGUCUGUUUCUCCAGGAUUAUACCUGGAGAGGUAUCAACAUAACUUGAAUAUUUCAUACGGGAUUCCAGUUGCUUUUGUGGAGCAUUUCGGAACCCCAGAGGUUGAAGGAGGGCAGGGUCGCAAAAAAUGGAAAGUAGCACCUGGUGUGCCUUUCCAUCCCUUUCCACCAUUGCCGCCCUAUCCAAGAGGGAGUCCUUGUCCUUCCACUCAGAUGUCUCAGCAUGAACAGAACAGUUCUGGAUAUUGUGGCAGGACUACAGAUAGAAGCGGAAGGGUUCAUAGGAAUUGGAGAAAUGGGGCGAGAACAAAAUUUCCAUAUAAUCAGCAAGGACGGAGAUUUCCUAACAAUAAUCAAAGAUUUUGAAAGAUGCCUGCUGCCUCAGACGUCUCAGGAGCAGAAAUAGUGAUGAAUUAUACAUGGUAGUUCCUGUUUAUCAGAGCCCCAGAGGUGUAUCAGAAUUGAAUGCGCCCGUAAUUCUAUUUAAUUUAAUAGGAGCAGAUGUUACUGUCAAUUUAUUAGAGGUAGAAACAUAUGCCGCAAAUAGGUCAUUGCCGUUGCGGUUUUUUUACUGAUUAAUUUGCCCAUUGGCCCCCCUCUUUGCCCAAUGUGUAACCUCGAUAGGAAUAAUUGAUUUGAUUCAAAUCGUUUUACAGGUAAAAUGGCUAAUUGAUU